AUGGAAGCAGACCAGCAGCAGCAGCAGCAGCAGCAGCAGCACGAGCAGCAACACCAGCAGCACGAGCAGCAGCAGCAACAGCAACACGAGCAACAGCAGCACGAGCAGCAACAGCACCCGGAGGAAGAGCAGCAGCAACGGCACCACCAGCAGCAGCAAGGACAGCAGCAGCAACAACAGCACCACCAGCAGCAGCAACAGCACUACCAGCAGCAGCAACAGCAGCAGCAGCAGCAACAGCACCACCAGCAGCAGCAACUGCAGCAGCAACAGCAGCAGCAGCAGCCACAGCACGACCAGCAGCAGCAACGGCAGCAGCAGCAGCAACAGCACCACCAGCACCAGCAGCAGCAGCAGCAGCAGCAGCAGCAGCAGCAGCAGCAGCAGCAGCAGGGUUUGUACCAAGAACAUUCCUAG